CUCCAUUUUAUGGGGAAGCGCCAACGUACGUAUCAUACUGAAUACUCGAGUACGGUACCGGUAGUACAAAAGACCACAUUUCACCCCACUUCCCCUUGUAUUCCUCCCCUCUCUACCCACCACUUAAAUUCACCGGUAUUCACCUUGCUCCCUUUGAGAAACAAAGAGAUCGAGAAACUGCAGCUACGCACCCCUACCUUACCUUCACGACCCUACGAAACCUUACGAAAUGCAGCUCAAGUAUCUUGUAGCUCUGCUCCUACCUGCUCUCGCAGCGGCUGAAAAGUGCCUCAACUAUGUUAUUACGUUCCAGCCCAAUACUCCGGAUAGUGUGAUCGAACAGGCCAUCGCUACUGUGAAGGAUAACGGAGGGCGAGUCACUCAUGUGUACAAAAUUAUCAAAGGGUUUUGUGUCUGUGCCCCUCAUGAAGCUCUCAAUCAGGUCUCAAUCAUGGCGAGUGAAUGGGAGCCCGUUAUCGAGGAGGAUACUGUUAUUACCACAGUUGGGAUAAGCUGAAUUAGUGUGGUGUUGUUUCGCCGAGCGAGGGCUUUGUGUGUUUGGGUUUGGCGGCAGGUGGUCCAGUUGAAGCAGUUUGUUGAAAUGAUUGGGCUUAAUAUGGGAUCACGAAAUACGAGUGUUACCAUAGGACACUUCUGAACCAGUAUUGGGGGGUGAACCUUUUUCCUUCUUUAUCUUUUUCCUUUCCUUUCCUUUCAUUCUUUUCUUUUGUACGAAUUACCGGUACUAUAUUUGGGGGGGGGGGGGUUGUCGUGAUUUGUUUUGACAUCGUGUUUAUAAUGGAUGGUGUACGUUUGAGUGGUGGCGAUGAGUGUAUGCGAUGUCGUGAUGUUCGGUA